ACUUGUGGGUACGACAAACAAAAAUAUCAACACUAAACUCCAUGGCUUUUUGCUUUUUUUAAAUUAUCCCAGGUCACCUUUAACAAAGACUCAUAACAACUCUCUUUCUUAUUAUAUAGUCUUCAUACAAUCCGAUUCAUCAAGAUUCAAGAAAGGGGGAUUGACUGUUCAUUAUUUGUUGUUGUGUCUCACCAAAAUUCCACUGGAAAUGUCUGCCCUGAGCUGGGGUUGCCUUCUCUUUGUGCUUCUCCUGGCCACCAGUAUUGAUGGUGGGAAAGGGUCUUCUUCUGUGGAUCCAAAUGCCCAGCAAAAACUGGACGCAGUCUUGGAUUUGCCAGGGCUUGGCUUCAAUGUCAGCUUUGAACAGUAUUCUGGGUAUGUGACUGUGAACCAGGAGUCUGGGAGAGCACUUUUCUAUUGGUUCUUUGAGGCUGUGGAGGACCCUUCUUCUAAGCCUAUUGUUCUUUGGCUCAAUGGAGGGCCUGGAUGUUCAUCAAUUGCUUUUGGAUUGGGUGAGGAAGUUGGGCCUUUUCAUGUUGAGAAAGAUGGAAAGACCCUAUACUGGAAUCCUUACUCUUGGAACUUAGCUGCAAAUCUAUUGUUUGUUGACUCUCCCGUGGGGGUUGGCUACUCGUAUUCGAAUACUUCCUCUGAUAUUCUUACUAAUGGCGAUAAAAGGACAGCUGAGGAUUCGCUAGAGUUUUUACUAAAUUGGUUCGAAAGGUUCCCACAAUAUAAAGGGAGGGAGUUUUAUAUCACAGGAGAGAGCUAUGCCGGGCAUUAUGUUCCUCAGCUAAGUCAGGCCAUUGUGAAGCACAACGCUAAUGCAAAAGACAUUGUGAUCAACUUAAAGGGUUUCAUGGUGGGAAAUGCUUUGACUGAUGACUACCACGACCACUUGGGUCUUUUUCAGUUUAUGUGGGCAUCUGGUUUGAUUUCUGAUCAAACGUUUAAGCAGGCGAAUCUUUUGUGUGACCACCAAUCGUUUGUCCACCCCUCGGAGGAGUGCGAUAAGGUUUUAGAUACUGCUAGUGACGAACUAGGAAAUAUCGAUACCUACAGCAUCUUCACCCCGACAUGUACAGAAAGUUUUAGUCUAAUGAGCAGGGUGUUAAAAAGAAGUGAUAAGAAGGUUGGUCUUCUGAGGAGAAUCUACGAUCCCUGCACAGAGAGGCACUCAAUUAUCUACUUCAACCUUCCCGAAGUUCAGAAGGCUCUUCAUGUUCAUAUCACAAAUUCCUCGUUCAAAUGGGUAACCUGCAGCGAUGAGGUAUAUGAUUUUUGGAAGGAUUCUCCUACGACUGUGUUGGACGUCUAUCAAGAACUUAUAAGUGCAGGGCUUCGCAUUUGGAUAUUCAGUGGCGAUACAGACGCUGUAAUCCCUGUCACAUCGACACGUUACAGCAUAGACGCCCUCAAACUUCCCACUGUUAGCCCCUGGCGCCCUUGGUAUGAUAAUGGACAGGUCGGGGGAUGGACGCAAGAAUACGAAGGCCUGACGUUUGUUGCUGUACGAGGAGCAGGCCACGAAGUCCCUCUGCACAGGCCCAAACUAGCUCUCACGCUCGUCGAGUCUUUCCUGGCGGGAACUUCAAUGCCCGGCCUACGAAUCAGCGACUGGUGAUUGUUUAGCCCCCACGGGGAAGACCAGCAAUAAAAUGUUUAGCAGUUGCUCUGCUAUGAUGUUUGAUGUAAGCUGCAGAAAGUUGGUUUUAGAUUGUUGUAGACAUACCCUUUUGGAUGAUAAUUUGCUUUGAUGCUUUAAUCAAACUCAAUGGAGGGCUCAAGGUUCUGCAGUAAACAACAGAAAAUGUGAAAACAAUACAAAUUGAUCAAUAUAUUUAAGAAUUAUAAGAUG